CAGACAGGACGGGACAGAGCGGUGCCAUGAGGAGCCCCCGCACAGCGCGCUUGUUCAUGCCUGACCCGGAGCUUUUCUGAGGCUUUACUCCUACAGGUGACCUCGUGGCAAGACCACAGGACUUGGCAGUCCGUGGCCUUCCCGAGGCUUCUCUUUUGCAGGUGCCCCUGAGGACUUGUUGACUUGGAGCUUUCCCAAGCCAUCUGUCUGUCAGGUGCCCUCAAUACCAGACUCUGGCAUGGAGAGCAGACUUCUCGGCUCGUUCAGAGCGUUCAGGGGGAAGAAAAAGAAAAGCCCUGAAGCUGCUCCAGCACAACAGCAUGAAAACCCGGAGCAGUUCCAGCCACUGGAGGACGAUGCAACCCUGGACCGCACAGAAGAGAAGAAACCCUCCCGUGGCCGCUUCCACAAAACCCUGAAGACGUUCUGGAAAUCCCCGCGCAUUCGACGCAGCAAGACCGGCAGCGCAGCAGCUGAGGGCCCGGCCGAGCCUGAGCCUGAGUCGGGGCUGACCGAGCUCCAGGCUGAGCCUGAUGUCAGCCCAGAUUCAUCUGAGCGCUCAGAGAACUCUCACACCUCAGUGACUGAAACCUGCACAAAGGCUCUUCUCACAUCAAUGACUGAGGAUGUGGCCAUCACAAACACUGACAAUGAAGAGACUGAGGGCAUCACAAAUACUGACACCAGCCCAGAUCCAGCUGAACCCUCAGAAGACUCUGAGGCUGCAAUGAAUGACCAGAGGGCAAAGGCUGACAUGGCAGUGACUGAAGAUGUGGACAUCACAAACACUAACAAUGAAGAGACUCAGGCCAUCACAAAUACUGACACCAGCCCAGAUCCAGCUGAACCCUCAGAAAACUCUGAGGCUGCAAUGAAUGACCAGAGGGCAAAGGCUCUCCUCACAUCAAUGACUGAUGAUGUGGACAUCACAAACACUAACAUUGAAGAGACUCAGGGCAUCACAAAUACUGACACCAGCACAGAUCCAGCUGAACCCUCAGAAGACUCUGAGGCUGCAAUGAAUGACCAGAGGGCAAAGGCUGACAUGGGAGUGACUGAGGAUGUGGACAUCACAAACACUAACAAUGAAGGGACUCAGGGCAUCACAAAUACUGACACCAGCACAGAUCCAGCAGAACCCUCAGAAGACUCUGAGGCUGCAAUGAAUGACCAGAGGGCAAAGGCUGACAUGGCAGUGACUGAGGAUGUGGACAUCACAAACGCCAAAACCAGACACACUCAGGGCAUCGCAAAUACUGACACCAUGCCCUCUCCCACUCUGAGUCAGGAACUCAUAUUCGACUUUUUCAAGGACCCUUGUGUUUCUUCUCAGUCACAGCAGGUGCCAGCCAAGGUAAAGAACAUCCACCAGAGUCUCAUGUCCCAAGUCACUGUGGAUGCCUGGCUGCAGAUUGACAUUCUGAGGCUGGCUGAAGAACACCCUGCUGACAUGGUGCUGACCCUCCUGCGCUGUGCCCCAACGUGUGACAGAGCCGCUGCAAUGAUGUGGAGAACCAUAGGCUCAUCGAGUCCCACAGUGGAAAAGGUGCUGCCAACACUGCUCUGUGUGAUGGAGAACUGGCCUCUGCACAGCAUGUGCACCUCUGAUGGGGACAACGAGGAUGUCUUUGCCCUGGCUGCAACUCUGGUGCUCUGGGUGAUUCUCCAGGUGCCCGAGUGCCAGGAGGCGAUGAACCUUUAUUCCUCCCGCCUGUUUGUGGCUCUGCUCUUCCAUGUUGUCAUCACCACACAGCAGAUACCACCAGAGGAAGCUGCUACAUUCUGGAGAGCAUGCUGGGAGGAACACCGCCUUCACAGCAAGCCCAACAGGUUUGCAGUGCAGGCCAUGAAGGCUCUGCUCUGCCGACUGCAGUGGGACCAUGUGGUGGUGGCUAUGGAGCGCAAGCGUGGCUGGGACACGCUGCUGUGUGCUGACACCCAGCACUAUGCCGUGGGUCUGCUGGCCAGGGAGUUGCGCCAUGUCUCGGUCCCCUUCUGUUCCUACAUUGCAUUCCGCCUGCUCCGGCCACACAGCAGGGAAGAGCCAUGCUGGGAUCUGCCCUUCCUGGCAUUCCUGGUGGAGGUCCUCGGGGGCCUGGACUUGAGUGAAUGCGGUGGCAGCAUUCUGGAGAUGAUGUCAAGGUACCUGCGGAGCGAGUGCAGGGAGCGGCGUCGCCUGGCGCUCCGAGGCCUUGUGGUGCUCGCCAAGGAUCCUGUGAUGGCCAGAAGAAUGUACCCGCUGUCUCAAGGGCUUCUGGAGCUGCUGGGGGAUGCACAUGGAGAGGUGGUCAGCAUGUCCCUCUCUGUCUUCAUGAAUGUUCUCCAGAACAAGAAUAUCUUGGUAUCCAGCACUACUGCCCCAAAGCUAGCUGAGGCACUCCUACCACUCUUUGAUCAUGACAGCAGCCAUGUGCAGCUGCUCUCCAUUCAACUUUUUGAAAAGGUGAUGGACUUAGUAGUGGAUGAGGCAAAAAAGCCCCUGAAGAGAAUUGUGAACCAGAGCCAGAUCCCCCUCUUCUUGCACUGCCAUGAGGACAACCAGCGUGUGGCAAAUGCCUCUCAGAAAACACUGCUUUGUGCUGCUGGGUUCCUGAAGAAGAAGGGUAUGAAGCAGAUGGUAAAGGAGAAGCUUUUGAAGUUCGCCAACUGCCUGCUGGCAGAGGACAGGAGCCGAGCGGCCGAGCACCUGCGCCGGGCCCUGCCCUACCUGGAGAGCCCACAGGAGCCCCUGCGAGAGGCGGCCGUCAGGUUCAUGGGGACGGCCGGGCAGUACCUGAAGGGACAGCCAGCCGAGCUUCAGGUUCUUUCUCAGGCCCUUGAAACCAUGAGCGAAGAUGACAGCCCAUCCUCCACGUACCUGGAAAUUCAGGAAAGUUUUGGACGAAGAUGUGCAGAACUGAGGUCAUCUGCUGGAUUCGGAGAACCACGAUCCCAAGACGAGUACCCAGAGACAGUGAAGAGAGCACCAGGACUCAAUGUCACUGGAGCUCCAGGCACAGCUGCUGCUGGCCAUAACUGAGCCUGUGGGAAGCUCCCAUAGCUGCUGCCUUCCCCCUCCCUGUUGACAGCUCCCUCCCCAUUCCCUGUUGACAGCUCCUUCCCUCCAGCCCUCAGACCCUGCCCAUCCCCCUUUUUUUGCCCCCAUCUCAUCCCUUCCCUUUCCCUUCCAUUAAUAAAGAGUUUGGUUUCUCCCCUUA